UCUGCUCUUUGCGGAUACCAGCUGCUAUGAGAACCCUCGAUGCAUCUUCCUCCUGCCCCGAUGAUGCUGAAAGGAUUUCCAAGACCUGCAGUACCACAGCGAGUCGAGCAGCAGAUUCACGCUGAUUCACUCCCACAGCCGGCGAGGGGGUCUAUACUGUGUGCAUGAUACAGCAGCAGAGCAUAGUCAGUAGGAAACAGUGGGUGCACCUUGGGGAGUUUUCUUUUUUCACCGCUUUGGAAAGGGGUGUGAGUAGAUACAGGAGUUGAGACGCCACAACCUAAGGGCUACAUCAUUUCGACAUCCUGUAACCGGACAGAUAUCCCCUGAAAACACAGAAUACACUCUACAAGACAGGUUAGAAGCCCGUAUGUCCAAGUCAGCAGCCAAUCAGAGAUGCCCGAGCAUGGUCACAGAGUCCUCCAAGGCUGUGACCUCAGCAGCAGUGGAUGCCAACUCAGGGACAAAGGGCUGCAGAGGUACAGGGAAGGUGCACAGUUUUGGCAAGAGGGAUCAUGCUAUCAAAAGGAACCUCAAUAUCCCAGUGGUGGUGCGAGGAUGGCUCUAUAAACAGGACAGCUCCGGGAUGCGAUUGUGGAAAAGGAAGUGGUUCGUUUUGUCAGACUACUGCUUGUUUUACUACAAAGACAGCAGAGAGGAGACGGUGCUCGGGAGCAUCCCUCUGCCCAGUUAUGUCAUUGCACCAGUUGAGCCCGAUGACCACAUAAACCGCAAAUACGCUUUCAAGGCGAGCCAUACAGGAAUGCGCUCCUACAUUUACAAUAAGAACUCUGUGAUUGGCUCACAGGCAGAACACUGCGGGAUGCGGACAUAUUUCUUCAGUGCGGACACACAGGAGGACAUGAAUGGCUGGAUCCGGGCCAUGAACCAGGCUGCGCUGAUGCAGCAGAGUCACACAAUAAAGAGAGCGGUGGAGAAUCCAAAGAAGGCUGUGCAGCAGGCUGUCCCACAGACCAACCAUGUCCACAUCAACCAGAAGGCAUCUCAAUCAGAAGGUCUCCACGUGACAGACAUAGAGGAACCUCCGGAUAAUUGUAUCCAACUGGCUCAUCGAGACGCGGUGAGGUAUGGACUAGAGAUCCAAGGGAAACCCAGCCAGUCAGGAGAAGAGGAAAGAGGAGAGAGACUCUCUCCAGACUUUGUUGAUGAUGCAACCCACAAAAACGGACAGCCGACUGUGAUCCAAGUGGCUCUGCCACCAGAGCAGAAUGGAAACCUCGUCUAUCAGAGAGGCUUUGUUACACACGUAGACCCUAAGAAACAUGUGCAGAGGAAGACUACGCUGGCACAGGUGGAGCAGUGGGUCAAAGUUCAAAAAGGAGACCCACCAAAGAGUGCUGCCUCUGCUGAGUACAACCUCCCUCGGCGGACUCCUCCAUUAAAGCCCAAAGCCAGCACAGCGGAUGUCACCUAUCAGUCGUUGCCAAAGUCUCCCCGUCCCCCAUCUGGCAGCGCAUCUCCUCCAGUAACAUGCAAAUUGCCUAGUGACUACAAGUAUGCCCAUGACCGGCUCAGCCACUUCCGCAUGUCCACCGAUGAGCGCAUGGCCACCAAGGAGGGAAUGGUGUGGCAGCUGUAUGAGUGGCAGCAGCGGCAUCAGUUCCGUCAUGGCAGCCCCACCGCCGCUAUCUACACUGGCCCCAACUUCACGGACGCCUCAUCUUUUCGAGUUACUGUGGAGAUGCCACGAUCUCUGUCUGUCCCUCCGUCCCCAUGUGAAGUCCCACCGUCAGCCCCCUCCUUCAAACCCUUGUCCCCUCGCCGGCCACACACUCCUUCAGACAGACGCACAGUCAGGCCCCUGGAUGAAGUGGUACCUGGGGACAGCACAAGAUCCAGCUCUCCCGGCCAUAUGUGUGCCCAUCUUUCUCAGGCUUCCCAAAUAGAGAGAAGGUCCAUGCCAGCCAUGGGCUACAUCACACACACUGUCAGUGCACCCAGCUUACAUGGCAAAACGCCAGAGGAGCUGACUCUGCUCCUCAUUCAGCUUCGAAGGCACCAGGCUAAGAUGGCUGGUGUGCAUAGCCCCAGCGAUGCGUUCGCUCACCUGCAGCAGCACCAGCACAACGGCCUUCUAGGCCCCGGCAUGCAGGCUGAUGAUACUUACAUACAACUGAAGAAGGACCUGGAGUAUCUAGAUCUGAAGGUUACUGGACGUGAGAGUUUCAAAACAGAAAGACCAUCAAGACCUGUGAAAAUAGCAGAAAGUGAUGCUGAUGUGAAAUUAAGUCGACUAUGUGAACAAGACAAGAUUCUACAGGAGCUGGAGGAAGGGAUACGCUCUUUGAAGGAGGACAAGGACAAGCUGGAGUUGGUUCUGGAUGUUUCCCACCAGCAGAUGGAGCAGUACAGAGAUCAGCCGGCCCAUGCAGAGAAGAUUGCCUAUCAGCAGAAAUUACUACAAGAGGAUGUGGUGCACAUCAGGGCUGAGAUAUCUCAAGUCUCCACAGAGAUGGAGAACGCGUGGAAUGAGUACAGCCGACUGGAGAGAGAUAUGGACUGGCUGAAGUCGGCCCUGGAGGGACAGAUGAACCGCAGCGAUCUCUCUCAGCAAGAUAAAGUCCAGAUCAGAAAAGAGCUGUGGAGGAUUGAGGAUGUUAUUGCCGGCCUCAGCACCAGUAAAGCCAACUACAAAGUCACUAUCUCCUCUGUUACCAACCCAGAGAGGAAAUUUGUGCCUUCAGUGUCGGCGUCAUCAGUGCCUUCUGUGUCUGGGAGCCCGUCUGCUGUGGAGAUGAGAUUGUCCCAGCAGCAGCAACAGCAAAGCCCCCACCUCAGCCCCAGUAGCCACACCCCCACCCUUUCCUCCAGCCCCAGCCAGCAGCCCUUGCAUCACUGGGUGGAUGCAACCAUCACCAGUGGGCUUAAAUGGUUGUUUUGUGUGCAGAAUGAGGAAGAUGUGCCUCCCAGACCUCCUCUACCUCAGCUCUACAGCCCUGAUGAGCAUGCCCCUGCUGUGCCACCGUUGCCCCGGGAGACAACGGUCAUCAGACACACUUCUGUACGCGGCCUCAAACGACAGUCUGAUGAACGCAAAAGGGACCGAGAGAUUGGCCAGUACACUAAUGGAGACAGUAAGGUGGAGCUUCGGCCUUUCCUGAGUGAUCCAGAGCUCAUGGGAGCUGGAGAUGGCUCCAGCCACAUCAGUGUCGUCGCAUCUGGACACGAUGGUUACCAGACAUUACCGAGCAGAGGAGUGUCGGGCUCCUCGCUUUGGCUCAAUCAGUCCUCGAGCAUCUCCUCUUAUGUGACCCUCCGAAGAGCAGCCUCAGCAGCCGGCAUGAAGGAGAGACCAAAAAGUGCCUUGGAGCGUCUGUACUCUGGGGACCCGGUGCAGCAGCAGCAGCAGAGGGGGAAGAUGAGUGCUGAUGAGCAGCUGGAGAGGAUGAAGAGGCACCAGAAGGCCCUCGUCCGCCAGCGCAAACGCACCCUGAGCCACGGAGACCGCCACGACUCUUCAUCGCCCCGCGCCUCUUCCUCGCGCCCACUAUCAGCAGACUUGGGAUCAUGGAAGAGAGAGCAGGAGUUUGACCUGCAGUUGCUGGAGAGGGCUGUUCAAGGGGAGGAGGCGCAGGGUGUUAGGAGCGUUCAGGGGGAGGAAACGCCUCCCGAGCACAACGAGAGGCAGCGCUCCCACUCGGACGAAUGGCUGACCCUGCGCUCCACAGCCACAGCAUCUCCCGCCCAUGAGGUCGACCUGGAACCACUAGACUAUGACCUGGACCUUAACAAAGAGCUUUCCAAACCUCCGAAAGUAUUGAUCCCAGAGCGCUAUGUGGAUUCAGAGCCUGAGGAGCCUCUCAGUCCACAGGAGGUGGAGGAUCGUCAUCGUAAGGUGGAGCGCAUCAAGAACAUCUUGGCAAAGUCCAGUGUGCACAACCUAGCACCCACAGUCACUGUGGACACGCCCGAGGUCGGGCUCGUGGCACCGGACUCGGCUCUGCAGGAGCAGGAGAGGAUCAUCACCAUGUCCUACGCUCUCGCCUCGGAAGCUUCGCUCAAGAGCAAACUAGUCACAGUUCCACCACAGGCUAACCUCCCCACUCCUCCUCCACCACCCCCUCUUCCGCCUCCACCUCCUCCUCCUCUUCCUCCUCCUCUUCCUCGUCUUUCUCCUCUUCCUCCUGUUUCUCUGGCACCUCCCUCUCCUCUAAGCAACGGAAUUCACUACACGUUUGUCUAAUCCCAGAACUGAACUCAAGCAAUUUUUGGACAAUAAGGUGCUAUUCAACAAUGACAACAAACUAUUGCAUUCUGCAAGAAAAGGAUUUUUGGACAUUUCCUUCUUUCCAUACAGCAGUACGAGAACUGCACUUAACAUUUAACAUCCUUGCUGAGGCUCACGCAGCAUUGACUCCUUAAAGUGUUUCCAGUUUUGAAAGCAAGAGGAAAAUGGAAGACUUUGCAUUGGAAGCUGAUGUGCUAAUUAUCUUUGGAAACAUCUAACAAAAGUUAAUCUCAUAAUAAUAUUUUCUACAUGUUAUUGCACUUUGAAUUGUACACUGUAUCAUGUUUUCAAGAUAUCACUGAAUGGCUAUUGAUUGCAACUGGGAACUUGUUUUUGUUUUUGUCAGGUACAUAUUGUGAAGAACUACAGGUACUAAAUGUGUCAUGAUGGUAGUAUUUUUGUCAAAACUCAGAUAAUAUUCUUACACCAAACCACUUGAAAUAUCAUGUGUUGUACCUGUAGCACUGCCAGUCCCCUUUUAGCUUGCCAAAAUGAAUUUUAUUUUUGCUUACAUCAGGAUGAAAAUAACCUUUAACAUAUUUUCUGUGUGACUGGGGAAAGUUGCACAAUGGAAAUUUAUAUUUUAAAAAAAUGAUAAAAAAGGUGAAUAUUAAAGAUAUUAACACA